AUGGUGACUACUACGGCGCCUCCACCGUUUCUAGCCCGGAUCUCGGCCGGUACCGAGGACCCCCGGCGGUUCCCUGCAUCCCUGUUCCAGCGCCUCAUACGGGCCGACUGCAGCGGGGAAAGCCACCAGCCCAACUGCUGCCCGGUGGGACCAGGAGGCAGCGCCCGGCCGGCGCUGAAGAGAGUGCGGCGGCGAAGAGCCAAGAUACGGUCCGCUCCCUCCGGCCUCCUGCAGAGCCGCUACCAGCACUACCAGCAACAUCGUGCCGGCUUGACGCGAAGGAACACCGCGCAGGGGACGUGUAACCCCUACGAAGUCCCCGUCCCCUCCUCAGAGCCAGGGCUAGAAACGGUUCCGAGCGCAGACCCGCCGGCACCUUCGCCGAGAACAGCCCCCGUCAGUAUCAGUAAACCCCUCAGGAAAGAGGUAAAUAAUAUUAAGCGCGGUUGGUGGGGGGCGGGGCGAUGGGGGCUACUGCUAGUAGGCGAAAAAAGAAGCCAGCCGCUUCUCUCAGCUCGAGAGGGACGCGCCUGCGCAGUUUCCGUUUGACUGUUGCGGGGGGGGGAGUGUGAGGAAGUUUCCGUUACGUCUGUUGUCUUUAGUGGGAGAGGGCGAAGUGAGAUUCCUCCGAGGCUGAUAGGUUGAAGGAAUCCACCAAUCGGAUUGGCGGCUGCGCCCCAGCAACAGCCCGAUUUAGCCCGUUGUCCGUGGCUAUUGACGGGGGGGGGGGGAGAGAGAGAGAGAGACGUGACGCCGUCGCCGUGCCCAAUGGGCGAAGGGGCUGGGGCGGGGCGGGGUUUGCAUCGUGGAAGAGGAUGCGGGCUCUCUUAAGACUCGCCUUCUCAGUGAACUGGGUUGGGGGAGGCGGGGGAGGAGCAGGAGCCGCAUUCGCCUGGAAGGCCUACGCUGUGUGCGCAGGCGUACUGGGCGAGGAGCCAGUGUUGACGUCAAGUUGACUGGUAGUUCUUCCUGCAUAAUCAAGAUUGAGAGGGUUUUAAAAAAAAAAUCCUUCCGUCUUCUUUAGAGUUAUAGAAGUUACCCAAUCGGGAUAGUUUUUCAUUUUGUGGGAGAACUUUGAAUAGUUAUGGGAUCAAAGAGUCGCUUUUUCUGGAGCAAACUCCCCCAAAUCCCUUUAAAUUUAAGCAGCAUUGCUCCAUAUUAACGGAGCUCAAAACUUAAAAAAAUAAUAAUUCUGCUGAUUGUAUGUUUACUGUAUUUUGUCUGUUGUUUACUGAAAUUUGAAUUAUACAGCCCCAUAGAAAAUAGUACAAUCCUGUGCAUGCUUAACUCCUGGUGCCUUCAACUAGAAUCACUCCCUAGUUACCGUAUUUUUUGCUCUAUAAGACUCACUUUUUCCCCUCCUAAAAAGUAAGGGGAAAUGUGUGUGCGUCUUAUGGAGUGAAUGCAGGCUGCGCAGCUAUCCCAGAAGCCAGAACAGAAAGAGGGAUUGCUGCUUUCACUGCGCAGCGAUCCCUCUUGCUGUUCUGGCUUCUGAGAUUCAGAAUUUUUCUUUUCUUGUUUUCCUCCUCCAAAAACUAGGUGCGUCUUGUGGUCUGGUGCGUCUUAUAGAGCGAAAAAUACGGUAGUUUGCCUCCAGAUUAUCCGUAGUUUGUGGAAGGGAUUCGAGCACAUACCAGAAAUUUAGGUUUGCACAAUUAAACCUGUUAAUUAGAUCUGUCACAUUGGUGCAACAAAUUCACAAGCUGAUUUUUGUGUUUGGGAUCUAGCAGUAGGGAAAUGCACUGAAAAGUGUACAUGAUGUACAACCACUGCACAAGCAAGUCAAUAUGAUUUCAGAACAGUGUUCAUCGUAAUCUCUCAGCCGACAGAUUAGAAUGAAUGCGAAGUAAACGGGGCAUCUGGAAGAAUUACAUGUUCGUUGCAUCUGCAUGUUUCUAUCUCAGGUAUUUCGAUAUUACAGAAUCAUUUAACACAAUAAAGAGUGAAUGUGAAGGACAACUAACUUUGAAACAAUAACUGUGAAUGUAGUUAAAUAUAUUUAUGAAAUUCUCUUUUAUCUUUGCAGUUGUUCAGAAACAGAAUGGGAAAGUCCGAGAAGGUUACCAUUCCUUACAGUCAACCUAUUCACAGUAUACACCUUUGUGACCAAUCAAAGAUUAACAGACCAAGGAACAAAUGUAAUAUACCACUAAACAAGAUUCCACCUUCAAAAAAAAGUGAAAAUAACUUUUGGCAACAAUCCGUGUCACCUGAACUCAUUAAAAAGCAGGAGAAAAAGCCUCUGAAAAAUGCAGAAAAUGUGAAAUCAAAGAAACCUGUUUUUCUGACUGAAGCUAACCAAAAAGAAAACUAUGCUGGGGCAAAGUUUAGUGACCCUCCUUCACCCAGUGUCCUUCCAAAGCCGCCCAGUCAUUGGGUAGGAAGCCCUGUUGAAUAUUCUGACCAAAACAGGAAGAUGAUGGCAGUCCAUCUAAAAACUCUCUUAAAAGUUCAAGCGUAG